AUCAAACUUCCAAGCUGUUCCCUAGGCAACCACUCCAAACACAUCAGUAAACUCAAGAGCCCUCAAUCUGUAAAGUAUUCCUUUCACCAAGAGCCCCAAAAAGUUUGAUCAAUGAGCAGGGGAGACCAUCAGCAAAGAUUCCUUGGGGAGCGUGUUAAUUGCGUUGAGAAGCAAUUCAGUGAAUUAUGUCAAUCUCUCUCAGCGCUGAUGAGAAAAUCCGCCCGACUCCGGGACAAAACGGACGAUUUCGCCCAAGUCCUUCGAGUCCACGGCUCAUCCGAAAAGAUUUGCACCAAAUGGAGUGAGGGCUUUGUCAACCUGUCCAAUGCUCUCACUCUCCUGGCCGAUGCCAGGGACAUGGAAGUGAAGAGGCUGGAGAGAAAGCUAAUCCCGGACAUUGUACAGUACGAUGCCAUUUGUCGAACUGUUAGAGAUGAGAUCAAAGUGGCAGGUUCCCUGCGUCAGAGGACUUUUCAUCAAGAUGCCAAAGUCAAUGAUUUGGGAGAAUUGGCGGAAUCAUUUGAGAAACGUCGCCUCAAUGAUACACGGAGGAUUUUCCUAGAAUUCCUGACCAUCGAACUGGCUAUGCAUGCAAAGUCCAUUGAAGUUCUGAGUGCUGUGUACCAGGACAUAGUUGAGAUCGAUGAUGAGGCGAAUCUCGAGGAGUUCAGGGAUAAAAUGGAAGCUGAGGAAAUUGCAGGACGGGCAUUUUUGCAGAGAAUUCGAUCUCAGUCAAUGGGAGCUCUCAAUUCUGUGGUCUUGCCUCAUGGAAAGCGUCACAGUGCUCCACAGAAUAAAAGUCAACCCACUUUGAUUACUCCUAGGGAAUUGCCUGUGGAAAUUGAGAGUCCUAGGAGUUCGAGAAAGUCAGAAACCCCAAGGAAAGCAGCUUCUUUGGAGCUUCUUCAGAGGUCUGAGUCAAUCUCUGUGACAGAAUCGGAGUCAGGAGCUUCAGAGUUAGAAGAGGAAGUGGCUGAAGAUCCACGAUCGGAGAAAUUUAAGUACAAACUAGCUCAGUUGAUUAGGAAGCCCUAGUUUGAUCAAUAAAUCCUUGAUGGUAUUAGCAAUUUUUUCUGCAUUUUUCCAAUUUUCUUUAACCCUUUAAGGACGACUGGGUCACCCGUGACCCAUAGAGAAAAUAAUUUUUCCUGACUACCUGAAGUUAUUUCUUUCUAAUGUUUGUACAUAAUCACGAAGUAGAAAGAUGUAGGAAUCUAGGAUAUUUUUUGCAAAUCUCCAGCUAUUUGCUAUAUAAAAAAUAUUUGAGCUCAAAAAUAACGAAUUUUCAAAUUUUCACGUUAGUGCUUGAAUUUUAAUAUUUCUAAUUUUUUUUUAAGCAAAAACCUCUUGGGAAUAGAAACUGUAAAAAAUUCAAUGGUGAAAAGGUACACUUUUAAGUUUUCUGAGAAAUUAACAAAUUAAAAUUUGUGAAUAUGAAUGGAUUUUUGCUUUAUUUGGAGCAAAAUUAACUAAAUAAUGAAACUGUGGUAUAGAAAAUAUAUAAAUAUAAUAAUUUAGUACUGUAUUUACCAUGAAAACAGUGACGUUUCC